UGAAUGAUACAGAUUUGGGAGAAGAACGAACGGCCACUUCGUUAUAAUCGCGUUACAUUUAUCCGACACUUGCACCGUAAGUGUAAAUGGACAGACUAUAGACCCUCUGUGGAUGAAGUCGUCCUGACACUGCAGACGAGCGCAAGCCGCUUAAGCUCACUUAUUCCCGGUUGAGAUUUUUAAAUUGGAUUUCAACAGUUUGACAACCUGUCUCUCCUCAGAGAUAUUGUUUUUGUUUAACAAGCCUGUACUUAGUUAGAGCCGAUAUGGAAACAAUAUUGGACAACUUCGCUUCGGAAAAACUUUUCCCCAAUUCCAACCUGUUGGACCUAGAGGACCUGAAUGAGAGCGAUUUCUUAUCCAAUGUGCACUUCUCAGAGCAGAUGGAGGAUUUCUCCAAUGACCUCUUUAGCAGUUUUUUCGAUGAUCAUCUGUUGGUGGGGAGGAACCCGUUGUUGGAUAUGGAUCUGGAUCCUCCAAACCCUGACAUCCAGGCAGAACACAGCUACUCUCUCAGUGGGGACUCUGCACCACAGAGCCCCUCCAUGCCCAUCAAAUCAGACGAUGAUGCAGAAUCUGAGGGGAUGUGGUCAUUCAGUCAGGAUCUCACAGCCAUUCUAGUGAAACAGGAGCCCAGCUUGAUGUCUGAGAACAGCUCUGAAACAGCGCCCCCUUUGGUCAACACCAGCAUCUGCUCACAGCCCCUCACUCUUGCCCCACCACCGCAGAGAAACCACAAUGGUGAAAAGGGUUCCAAAGGCCUAAGCUCAAACUCUGUUCCUGCCAUCAAAGCAGAGCCCAGAGAGGUGAACCAGUUUCUCAGUGUUCCCACAGAUGAGCAUCUGCGAUUGCCACCCACUCCCCCCAGUAGCCAUGGCAGUGACAGCGAUGGAUCCCAGAGCCCACAUUCACUCCCACCACUAAGCCCCGGUCACCUGCAGAGCCCACAUUCACUGCCGCCCUCCAGUCCUGCCCGGCUACAGGCUCGAACCUCUGCAGCCAUCUCCUCGUCCCCUCUCCUCACUGCCCCCCAUAAACUGCAGGGAACGUCGGGCCCUUUAAUGCUGACAGAGGAAGAGAAGAGAACUUUGAUUGCCGAGGGAUAUCCAGUCCCCAACAAACUCCCCCUAACCAAAACUGAGGAAAAAGCCCUUAAAAGAGUCCGCAGGAAAAUCAAAAACAAGAUCUCUGCACAGGAAAGCCGCAGAAAGAAGAAAGAAUAUGUGGAGUGUUUGGAGAAAAAAGUGGAGAAUUAUACUUCAGAAAACAAUGAACUGUGGAAAAAGGUUGAGACACUCGAGAGUGCCAACAGGUCUCUCCUUCAGCAGCUGCAAAGAUUGCAAGCUCUAGUAAGCGGGAAAGUGCCUCGUUCCUGCAAGAUCGCCUCCACACAGACUGGAACCUGUCUUAUGGUGGUGGCGCUGUGUUUUGUGUUGGUGCUGGGAUCACUGGCUCCCUGCCUACCUGAGCUCUCCCUCUACUCUUCCUCCUUAUCUUCUUCAUCAUCCUCACACACGGUGAAGUCCGCACCACUGCCCUCAGGUGACCUCUACACCACCAGCCAGGUCCGCUCCCGCAGCCUGCUCUUCUAUGACGAGGGGGCAGCAGUGGAGGACGGCCACAGGGGCCUGCUGAGUGUGGAGAGGAUGGAGGGGGGACCGCCACGUUACGUAGAGGACCUGAAAGAGACCCACGAGCAGGAUCACUCUGCUCUCAUGAGCAGGUACCAGGCCCACAGCAACACGUCGGCGACCCCACUCCAUCCCCCAGAAUCACACUACCACACCAGAAAACAGGAUCCUGAGGGAGGUGCUGAAUAUUUUUAACCCCUCUUGGUGGAGCUGCCGGUAUAACACCAGGCUCCAUUUACAUUAGAUGACUCUGCACUACCCGGCCACCCUUACCAUUCCAGAUCCUGAACUUUUUGAUCCCACAUGCCUCAUGACUACGAUCCAACUCACCUGAUAAACAUUCCAGCCACAGAACUGUGUAAACAGAGACCUGUGAGAAGACACAACAUAUUUAUCUGUACAUACAUCUAUCCAUCACGUUUAAAUGGCUGCUGAAACUUUUUUUUACCAGCACGCACUGAGUUUGAAAGACGGAGGGAGAGAGAGAGAGAGAUGAUGAUGUGGGUGGGUGUAGGCGUUGCUCUGUUUUAUAUGGAUGCGAGCCUGUAUAUCCAACACUUCAUCACACUGAGUGAGGGAGGAAAAGUUUAUGAGUGUUUGUUUUGAUUUUCCUAGAAUGCCAUAAGACUGUCCAUUUAAAAGAUAUCCUGAAACCCCAAAGAGCUUAUUUUCUUUUUAUGACUCUAUUUUAAAUGUCUGAAUGUUUUCCAGCAGGUGUAAUCACAGGUGCCUGACGUACUUUGCGGUUUGCAACUUGCUUUGACAGGAUUUUCUUCCUUUGCCAUCUUGGCUCCUAUGAGGUUUAAGAUGGAUUGCACUUGUUUUAUACUAGGAAAACUAAUUGAUUUAAGUGCCUUCACAUUUUCAUAUAGUCAUAUUUAAAAUGGUCCUAACCGCAUAUGUUUCCCUUGUGUCCAUUCCCCUGCUUACUUUUUAUUGACCACAGGUUUUACUUUAUUUUUGUGUUUCUACUUUUCAAAGGGAGAGACUUUUGUACUGAAAUUUAAAUUUUAUCCAUAAUAUAUUCUAGUAUUUGCAGCAUCCAAAAAAGAGCAUAUUUAUUUUAUGCACAAAAAAAGUAUAAAUGUUAUUUUGUGUGUUUUUUAAAGAAAGAUGAUGUAAAGAUUACAUGAUCUUGUUGUCAUAACUGUUAAACAGUUUUUUUCUUUUAUCUUUAUUUCUGUGUAAAGAAAGUUUUGUAUAUAAAGAGAGAAAAAAAAACAGGACCAAUCAAUCCCUUGCAUGAUAAAUAUCAUAAUUCAUAUCAACUAUUUAAAACAUUGGCUAAAUGUUUACAACUAGGCAUGGUUAGAAAACAAACAGUUAUUAUUACUAUUCAGCAAAAGUAAACAGAUUUCAAAUUGUAUUAUUUAAAAGAAAUUUUUAUCUGUUUUGAUAAUGAAAUGCUUAUUUUUAAUGCUAGUCUUUAUUCUGUACCCAAGAUAACUGUUUGACCACUGUGAGAUUCAUCACAAAUACUUGGGAGUCAGUAGUCCUGUUUUUUUAAUGUUUUACAAAAGUGUAUUAUUUUUAUUAACUGUAAUCAUAUCUUGUCGGUGUUCAGAAACAACGUCUUAAUCAUACCAAAAUCUUUUUUUUAUGAUGCCCUCUAUCACUUCAGUCAAAAGAUUUAUUUUAUUGUACAGCUAGAGAUAACCACUGAGAGUCAUAAGUAACGUUUUGGUAUUAGUUUAUUUUUGUCUCUAAAUUAUUUAGAGUAAUGAUACAGUAGAUGUCAUAAAGGAAUCUGUGACUGUCAGUGUUUUUAAAGGUAGUACUCUGUGGUAUGUGUGCCAUAACAUUUAAUGAUAUCUGGGUGUGGCUGUUUAUAAAAAUUGAGAAAAACGAAACAUCCCUUUAUACUCAGUGAAAAACCAAGCUUUAAAGAUGUACAAGUUUGGUGACAAAGCACUCAUCAUGGCAUCUGUUACUGUCAGGGUUUUGUUUUUGUUUUUUGAAUAAUAUGGCGUCUUGUGAACUGGAAAAAUUUAAGUGCUACUUUGAAUGUUUCUAAGAGGAUUAUUGGAAUUUCUAUGACUUCAAUGCACAUAUAAGCCACAAAAAUAGUCUUAAACCUGGAAACCUAAAAUAUCUGUAUUUCUAAGCUGAGUGUUUAUUAAUUUCCAGUGGACACACAAUCCGUUCAUUAUGACGAUGGUGUUUGUGUUUUAAAUGUAAUUGAUGUUGGUCUCAUCUUUGCCCUUAUUUGUCUAUUGUACAUAUGACUGAUGAUAAAUGUUGGCUGUAAAUAUGGAGGACGUAUUUUUUAUAUUUCAAAUGCUUUUUGGUAUUCACAGUGUGGCUUUGGGGCAUGUGGUUUGUUUUGUAUCUGUGUAUGGAUCUGGCUCCUUAUGUAUCUAUGCUCUGAGCUCAUCUUCUGUCUUGUUAUUUCUGUCUGUUAUAAAGUAGAGUUAGAAUUAAGCAAAAUACAAAAUUUGCAGAUGCAA